UGUCUGUCAGUUAUCUUGAAUACAGUUAGUUAUGUCAUACCUAGUUAUUUAGUUAUGUCAACACUGAUGGUGGCAGAGGUGUUUUCUCAUAAACCUGGGAUUAAAUAUUAAUCUCCUGGUGGAACAAGGAGGAGCCAUACUGACAAAAGCGUUUUUAUGCUUCAUUUAAAUGUGUACCUUGCACCCUCACAACAUCCAGGCCUCAGAAGGAUCAUGAGAUUCACCGCAGAAACCGUGGAGGCACCAGAUUUACCGAAAAAGUUCACCUUCAACCCGAAAGAAGGCAUUGACAAUCCUGCUUUGGUGAUCUCCGAUGACAAAGAGCCAGAUGUGCACCCGCGGUUGUGUGUCCUGAGGCGGGAGGAGGGCCAGGGCUUCGGCUUCUACCUGAGCCGGGACGCGGGUCGCUGCAGAGGGCAUGUGGUGCGGCAGGUGGAGCCUUGGAGCAGCGCCGAACGGGCUGGACUGAGGAUCGGGGACCAUGUUUUGGAGGUCAAUGAGGACUUUGUGGAUGACAAGGAGCACUCGACUGUGGUGCUGAAGGUGCAGGCGUCUGGAUUAAAGCUCUAUCUGUUAGUUCUGAGUGCUCAAGAUUAUGAGUUUGCAGUUUCAGAGGGAAGAGACCUUUUGUCCGUUGCCAGAUCUUAUCGUCCUGAGGGCUGCUCUCGCCCGCGGUUAUGCCACAUCACUAAAGAGCCUGGCUGUGGUUUGGGCCUCAGCAUCAUUCCCAUUGAAGGAGCGCGAGGCCGAUAUCGCCUGAACCCAGUGACUGAUGGUCCAGCGGAAAGAGCAGGCAUCCAGAAUGGAGACAGGCUCAUCUGGAUCAAUGGAGUCUCGAUUUCUGUCAUCUCAUAUGCAGCACUGGCCAAAAUGGUGAAGAAAUGUGAAAAGCAUCUGACCGUCUUGGUAAUUGACAGCAGGAGUGAAGAGAUUUAUAAUCGCAUGGGAUUACCCAUAAUUCCUGCUUUUGCCGAAACCCAUAAUCUGCCCUACAGACCAAAAACACUCCACCUGACUCAAGGACCACAGGGAUACGGCUUCCUCUUAAGGCAAGAGAAGUUACGAUCAGGACGCAUUGCUCAUAUAUUGCGAGAGAUCGACCCCUGCAGCCCAGCUGAGACUGCAGGAAUGGAGGAUGGAGAAAUUGUGCUCGCUGUGAACGGAGAGCAGGUGGAGGAUGCAGAGCAUGAGGGCAUCGUCAGCAAAAUACGACAAAGCGGCCAGCAGGUCACCCUCACCACCAUCUCCAUCGCUGGCAGAGACUUUUACACACAGCUGGCAAUGUCUCCAUUGCUGUUCUAUGACGAGCACAUACCAAAAUGUGAACCGUUCGCUACACCGGCCCUAGAACAUCCUGAGGGACACCAAAAUCCACCGCAACCUCGACUUUGUGAGCUUCAUAAGGAGGGUACAGGAUUCGGCUUCAACCUGGGCUGUGUUGAGAAUAAGCCUGGGACUUAUAUCGGCCAGGUGGUGUCGGGGAGCACAGGAGAAAGAGCUGGCCUGCGUAAAUGGGAUGUUUUGAUUGAAGUGAAUGGCCAGAAUGUGGAAGACGAGUAUUUUGAUGAAGUGGUGAGACUGAUAACAGGAGGAGGAACACCUCUCAGGCUGCUGGUGGUGGAUGGACUUCAAUAUGACAAAUUAAGAAACACCAGGCAGACCAUAAAUUUGGGACUUAAUAACAAGGUUCCAGAUGCUUCACAGGACGAUUUUGUGUGAAUGUAGUAGUCAGGUACAGUUUUAUGAAUGUAUUUUGUUCAUUUAAAGGGGUGGUCCACUAUGAUAUCAUAUUUUAAACUUUAGUUGAUGUGUAGUGUAACUGUGUGAACAUAAACAACAUCUCUGAAUGUAAUACGCUUCAAUGCAAAGGGAGACAUUGGCUUUUACAGAGUUAGCCUUGCCGAGCCUACAGCGAACGAAGUUUGGAGACUACAAAGAAAUACAUCUGGAUUAAUGAAAUCAUAAACCCUUAUCCAUAAGGUUAUGCACAUUCAUCUGGGGUGGCCAGAUUAUAGCAGUGGGCUAAAAUGCUGUCCAAAUGCUGCUAAUUUCACAGAGCUUCUACUGUUUCUGUAUUUGGGCUACCAAAGUAAACGACACAAAGAGGGAAGGGCUUACAUUUUAAUUUUAAUUAUGUUACAGAGAAUUUUAAAAACAAUAAAGCAUUUGACAAAGGACAGUUUCCAGAAUCUCUCCCAGUUCAGUACUGGAUUAGGCUAAAAACUCCUCAAAGAAGGAACAGCUCCAACCAUAAUGGACGAAGCUGUGGAUUGUAAGCCACAACCUUUAAGUGUUUUAUUCGUUAAAAUUUAUCAACUAAAUGCACAGUUUUUAGCGUUAACAAUAUGUUGCAGUAAGGACGUAACCAAGGAUGUAAACAACAGGAAAUGCAGUUUGGCACCGUUAACAAUUAAGCUACAAAUGCGUUUUUAUCCGUCAAACCCCUGUAAACACCCACAAUCUGCAGCAGCGCUGCAGUGUCUCUCUAUGUGGCUGCUUUCCCUGCAUUCUACAUUUCAAAUAAUGAACUUGCAAAAGAGAUGUGAACAUUUAAUAUUACAUGCUUAUUCCGAAUAUAUGUGAAAGACACUUGUCAGAUUUUAUUUUAAAGAGCAGGUAUGAGGUUCAGCUGUGUCCUUUUCAUUUUCUGUCUGAUUCAGGCUAACAGUUAAACUGACUGACAGUGUAUUUACAAAAAGGCAAAGCAUGUGCUAGUAGACGUGAAGCCGAUCCAUGAAUCACAGCACAUUAUGUUAGCUGACCAAUCAGAGCCUCUUGAGGGCGGGCCUUCCAGGAACUAGGAAAUAUGACAUUUGUUUUCAUGUUAGCUGAGUAGCAGUAUAUAUUUAAAGUAAGAUAAAUGAAAAAAUAACAAGUGUGAUUUUCUACAAGUGAAGCAUGAGCACACGUUGCUUUGCAUCUUAUAAACACAACCAAGCCUUAAAAAUACACUCUGGACCACCCCUUUAAAUAUAUAUGGAAAGAUUAAAUUGUCUGUAAUGUUUUUUUAUAUAUAUGUAAAACAACCUUUCUCUACUGGAGAACACAAAUAUUGUUUAUUUGGCUAAAAAGUCAUUUCAAUAGCUUGAUGUAAAUGUACAGAUAUUGUCUUAUGUUGUGCAAAGAUGUUUACAAAAGGGUGAACAUUGCUUGUCAAUAACCACUUUUAUUUUAGUCACUAUUAAAAAUGAGCAGUACAUGUGUAAUAUAAAGAUCAUGCAGGAGGAGUUGUGUACAAUUUGGUUUUCAAAAAGAAAAAAAUAUAUAUAUUUAGUUUUAGGACUAUAAAACGUUAAAAUGCUAAAUGUCUUAAUAUUUGCUCAUGUCUCAUUCUGGUAAAUAAUAUGUGUAGUUAUCUGUGACUUUGUGUCAAUAUGCUGAUUUAAGAUUUAUUUCACAAAUAUUGUCAGGUGUGUAGCUUAAGUAAAUUCAGUUCAAAGUGUUUUGAAUUGUGCUCUGAAUGUCAAUCGAUGUAUAUUUAAGAAUGCAAAUAACAUGACGUUUACUAUGUGUUUCGAUCAGUUUUUACAUGUGAAAUCAUUAAUAAAUUUUAUCAAGAAGCUUUUUUUAAACCUCAA